GCCAAACUUUUGAGCUUCCAAAGAUUCCUGGAUGGAGAUCUGAUGCAGGGGGACAAGGCGUGAUCCGCUCAGUGCUGAGGAUCUGUUACAGUGUGAAUUAUUUGUCUGCUGGAUGAGACUUGGUUGCAAAGUGCAAGGACUAUUCUCAUCUUCUGUUUUUUGUCUUCGGAUGUGGCUGCUGGUGCUUUGCUAGGGACUGGAGUGAUUGGUAUUGGGCAGGAGACUCAUGCAGGUAGCGGGCACAUCUGUUGAAUCGCACUGGGUAUGGACAACUAUCCCGACACUUGGAGGACAAAAGUAGUUUGUGGCGAGAGAUUCAAAGCAAAGAUAAAGUGAAGGGGCUGCCCUCUGCGGGGGCCACCACUGCCGAGGCCUAAGUCAUGCCUUUCAAGAUCAAGCUACGGAGGACCAAGAGGUACAAUGUCUUGAACAAGAACUGUUUUGUGAGUCGCAUUCGGCUGCUGAACUCCUCUGAGAUUGAGUGCACUCUCAAUGUGGAUAGUACCGGCCUGGAGUGUCUGGAAGCUGUGGCCCAAAGACUGGAACUUUGUGAGACUCGUUUUUUUGGACUCUGGUUUGUCGGAAAGUCUCAACAAGCGCGAUGGGUGGAGCUGGAGAAAUCGCUGAAGAAGCAGCUGGACAAGUUUUCCAUAGAGCCUUUGCUGUACUUCGGGGUGAUGUUCUAUGUGCCCAGCGUGUCUUGCCUGAACCAGAGCAUCACCAGGUACCAGUAUUACCUCCAGUUAAGGAAGGAUGUUCUUGAUGGACGUUUGCGUUGUACUGUGGAUCAGUUCAUACGAAUAGCUGCGCUAGCUGUGCAAGCGGAAUUUAAGGAUUAUGCUACAUUUGAGACGCAUGACUUCCUUGGCGAGUACGUGUUGUUUCCUGCGGGCUGGACCCAGGACAAAGCUCUGAUGGAAGACAUACGCCACAAAGUGGCCUUGGAACACAAAGCUCUUAGUGGGAUGCCUCCGGAAGAAGCCGAAAUUCUCUAUAUAAAAGAAGUGGAGCAUUUGGACGGAUACGGGCAGGAGUGCUUCCAUGUAAAGGACAGUCACAGCAACGACAUCAACCUCUGGAUUUUCUUCAUGGGGAUUUUUGCUGGAGACAGUUAUGGAAAAUCUACAGCGUCUUACAGGUGGAAUGACAUUGGGAAUAUCACGCACAACAAGUCUGCCAUUGUGCUGGAGCUGAACAGAAAGGAAGAGAGCGUCCUUUUUCACACGGACGACAUUGAAAACAGCAAAUAUAUAUCCCGGCUCUUUGCCACUCGGAUGAAAUUCUACAAAGAACAUAAAAUCUGCACCGAAAUACACAAUACACCUCCCACAGUCCGGCGACAUUCCACUUGGGGACGAUCCUCCAUGUCAAGGCCCCCAUCAUCUGUGUUACCUCCAAGGCACCUGCAGGGUAGUGAUGCUUUCAUAUCAGAAGACAGCAUUUUUCACAUGGGCGAGGAUACAUUUAACUUCAGAUCCCAGAACAGCUUGGACAGAUACAUCGACUAUAAUAUCCUGAACGGGACUGUGCCGAAUGGUAGCGUUUCAAGUGCCCAAAGUAUGAACUCUCUAAACCACUCCCAGAACUUCAUCCAGGCCUCCCCCAUGUCCUCUAACCUCAGCAUCACCGGCAAUGACAUCAUGAGGUCGGACUACAUCCCCAAAUGCAGACAUAGCGCCAUCAUUGUACCUUCCUACCGGCAGACCCCAGACUAUGAGACUGUAAUGAGACAAAUGAACAGAAGUAUUUACCCACAGGAUGGCCAGAGCCAGUCUUUACGGAACCUCAAUAUCGGGAAUACACAUGCCUACAGGCAUCGGAAAGACCUGGUGUACAGUCAGCCUGAAAUUCAGGACCGGCCUACAUACAUGAUGUCCCAGCCUCCUUAUUCUGCUCAGUCUCAUUUUGGUAACAAACCUGUCAACCCACCUGAGCAAAUGCCAUCUGGCCAGGCAACAAAAAAGUCGAUUUCCCACACCGUCAGCACCCCAGAGUUGGCCAACGUGCCACCACAGACUUUUAGCGCCGCACACAUGUUUAGGAACUUCUUGUCGAGGCCUCCUCCUCCUUACGCACCACCCCGACCAGCUAGUAGCACCCCGGACCUGGCAAGCCAUAGACAUAAACGUGUUAGCAGUAGUAGCCCUGAUCUAGUAGCCAGAAAAGUUCAACAAUCGGUGAAAACUUUCCAAGAAGAUAGCUCUCCCGUUGUACGCCAAUCUCUUCAGGAGGUCAGUGAACCAUUGAAACCACAUAAGCACCAUGCGGUGAUCAACAAGCGCCACAGUUUUGAAGUUAUGAGCCACAUGGUCCGUGGAAUGGAAGCAAUGGCCUUAAAGUCACUAGCUGCUCCGUUGCCUCGGAGGAAUACUUUACGAGAACAGAUGCCUGCUGAGGAACCCAUGCCAAAGGCUCAUGAGGUCCAGCAGCUUCCAAUGUACCACCACAAGAAGACCAUUUCAGAUGCCACCAUGCUGGUCCACAGUAGUGAGAGUGAGGAGGAGGAGGAAUCCCACAAACCUGUGCCUCAUACCUCAUUUGUGCAGGGUGUUCCCUAUAGUGCCCAGCUGCAGGCUGCAUUGGCCCGCAUACCAAAUAAGCCACCGCCAGAAUACCCAGGCCCAAGAAAAAGUGUCAGCAAUGGAGCCUUAAGGCACGACUCCUCCUGCAUAUCAGCUGCCAUAGCGAGAGCCAAGGCCAUGAGUUCCAGGCCAUCCCAGACUCUCUGCAUGUCAAGAAAUGACCCCACACCUAUAAAUGGAACCUCUCUAGGGCCUUCAAUCUCCGAACCGGACCUCACCAGUGUCAAAGAGAGGGUCAAGAAAGAACCGGUGAAGGAAAGGCCAGUGUCUGAGAUGUUCUCUACGGAGGACGCCAUUGUUGAGCGAGAAAUCAUGAUGAGGAAUUUACAAAAGCAGGAGAUGGCAGCCCUGGAGGCCAAGAAGAGACCCUUGAUGUUGGCAGCAUUGAAUGGGCUCUCUGUUUCCAGAAUUCCUGUGCCCGGGGACAGGCAGGAUGACACUGCGAUGACAAUGGAUGAGAGGUGUAAGACAUUAGCGUGGAAGCUGGAUGAAGGGAUGGUGUUCACAGAGUUCGAGCAAAUACCAAAGAGAAAAGUGGAUGGCGUCUUCACCACAGCAACCUUACCUGAAAACAUGGAGCGCAAUCGUGUCCGUGAGGAUAUUCCAUAUGAAGAGAACCGGGUCGAGCUCGUACCCACCAAAGAAAACCCAACCGGUUACAUCAACGCGUCUCACAUCAAGGUGGUUGUGGGUGACAAAGAAUGGCAUUAUAUAGCCACCCAGGGCCCCUUGACCCACACAUUUCCAGACUUCUGGCAGAUGGUAUGGGAGCAGGGCAUAAAUGUCAUUGCCAUGGUGGUGGCGGACGAGGAAGAAUCAAGAGCCAAGGGUCACCGCUACUGGCCCAAGCUGGGAUCCAAACACAACUCCGCCACCUACGGGAAAUUCAAAGUUACAACAAAUUUCCGUACGGAUUCUGGUUGCUAUGCAACCACCGGCUUAAAGAUCAAACAUCUUCUGUCUGGUCAAGAGAGGACGGUGUGGCACCUGCAGUUCACUGACUGGCCAGAUCAUGGCUGCCCUGAGGAAGUCCAAGGGUUCCUAUCGUACUUGGAGGAAAUUCAGUCGGUGCGACGUCACAGCAUGCAGGACAGCAGCAGCCACCGCAACCCUCCGGUUUUGGUUCACUGUGGUGCUGGUGUGGGGAGGACCGGCGUGGUCAUUCUAACUGAGCUGAUGCUGCACAGCUUGGAAUACAAUGAGAAAAUUGAGAUCCCAACAAUGUUGAAACUUCUGCGGGAACAGAGGAUGUUCAUGAUUCAGACGAUCGCUCAGUACAAAUUCGUCUACCAAGUUUUCAUCCAGUUCCUUGAAAGUUCCCGACUCAUUUAAUAUUGUAACUAGGACGAUUUUGUUUGUAUUUAAAAAGCUCUGUUCUGCAGAAGAUACGGCCAUUGUUGUUUUUGUUUUUUUAUAAGUUAAUUUAUUUCUCUUAAUUUAUGUAAAAAGUUGAACAGAUUAUUGAACCACAUUUUAUGAUAUAAGAUGUUUUGUGGUUCUGAGUAUUUUUUUUUUUUUAAUCGGACUGAAUAUUCGAUCCUGGAACGGCGCUCUGCGUCUGUACGAAAGCAAUAAAAACAGUAACAAUUGCUUCUUGUGUAAUAUAAAUAUAACGCACUAGUGUAUAUGCAUAGACACCUGCCGUGCUUACCAUUAUUUUUGUGUUUUUUUUUAUUUUUGUGUUUUAUUUUUGUGUUGGUUUUUUAUUUUUGUGUUGUUGUUUUUUUGUGUUGGUUUUUUAUUUUUG